AUGACCCGCAUCAUGAGCCAAUUCGUGGCAAGGGGCUGCGCCGCCGAUAAUCCCAAGGGCAUUCUCAGGCUGAGCGGCUGGUUGCGGGGCAGAAUUGAGCGCAAAAUCAGACAGAGGAUACGCGAUGAGUUGGCCACGCAGCAGCAGCAUAAACAACAGCAACAGCAGCAGGAGCAGGAGCAGGUAGCCGCAACAGGCGUUAAUACAAUUCUAGAGUGCACAAUGAAAAACUGCCUGCAUACCUUCAGGGCCGACGGAACCAAGAUCAAGGAUGGCGAAAAAGUGCCAUCAGACAGACGGAAGUGGAAUCCCGAUAUGGCUGCGGCGUUGAACUUUCGCAUCAUCAUUAAUUCCCUGCUUACAGGCGAGCGACCUCCCUGUUUUUCAUGCAAAAAGGCAUCGUCAGAGUCGGCUGAACCCGAGUCUACAGCGACGCUCAAGCCAAAGCCCAAGCCCAAGCGUGUGCGCAAGAAUCCAUUUCCCCCUGCCUCUUCUCUUCAAAAAAGCAAUUAA